AUGACCUGUCGAGUGUCAAAAAUAUUACAACGAGAUCGCUCUCUAUCACGAGUAGACCCAAAGAACGAGAUUCUAACUCACCCUGCAACUAUUUGGCCGCAAAACAUUCCUACUAUAAACAACACUGAACAACCAUCAGCUGAUGAAAUUUAUUUAACAACUAAUUCAAGCUUCAAUUCCACGACCGAUAUCAUUCCAGCCACCAAUGUCAUUUUAACCAUUACAACAGUAUCUACUACCACAACAUCAGCUAUCACCACAACAUCAGCUAUCACCACAACAUCAGCUAUCAUCACAACAUCAGCUACCACUACAACAUCGACUACCACUACCGCUUGCAGUCCUGUAUUCGCCUCCAGUCUUAAUCUAGUUGCAUAUUUCCCAUUAGAUUCUUCACCGUCCUAUCUAUAUGAUGUUAAUGCAACCCUAACAGCAACAGCUGUAUCUGUAACAAACGUACCUGACGAACGUAAUCAAUGUCUAUCAUUUACGGGCACAAUUAAUUCUUAUUUUCAAGUUAGUAAUAUUGCAUCACUUGGCAGUUCAACUACUCCAUUUUCAAUUGCACUCUACAUCAGUCCAAGUAUUCUUUCCGGUACAAUUGUACAUAUAUCAAUGUUCAAAAAUGGUACCGAUGGUUGGUGUCUUCCGUUCAUUGGUUUCGCUAGUACUACUAAUUUAGCCAUUCAAAUAUGGGGUGGUACUACAGCUAAGUAUGUGCUAGGUCCAAUCCCACCGUUAAAUUCAUGGACACAUGUUGUACAGACAUGGAGUCUUGCGAACGGCUUAAUAUUAUAUAUUAAUGGUGCAUUGUAUGCACAAGAUUCUACAGUUACAACGUAUGGUGCUAGUGGUGUAGCAAACUAUCUGACAUUGGUAAGUACUCUAGAGGCAAUUCCAUAUCCAGCGAAUGGAUGUUCAACGACAGGUGUAUUGGGGGGCUUGGGAUAUUAUAAUGGAUUGGUAGAUGAAUUGAGAGUGUACAGUAGAGAAUUAAAUGCUUCGGAAGUUUGCGCAUUGGCAGAAUAUUGA